CCCCUUCGCCAGGCCACUCCCGUUGAGCAGCACAAAGCGCGAGCCGGUCGGACAGUCAGCGCGCGGGGCGAGAGGAGCUGCAGAUGGAGCUCGAGCUGGAGGAGGGUGAUCGUGUGUGGGUGCGGGAGAAGGGUCAGCUCCAUCCCUGCACGGUCAGCUGCUGCUAUGAUGACAAUUCUGUCGUCUUUACCUCAGAGUAUGGACAGGUGAUCACUAUGAACGGUGCAGAUAUAAGCAGACUGAAUGUGAUGAUGAUGGACGUGUCCAGUAUGAACGGGGUGGAGGACAUGUCCACUCUGUCUGAACUGCAUGAAGAGUCCAUCCUGCACAACCUGUACACUCGCUACUGCAGCAACCUGAUCUACACCAACAUCGGCUCCAUCCUGGCAGCAGUGAACCCGUAUAAGCAGAUCUCAGGCCUGUACGACUCGGCGGCGGUGGAGCUCUACAGUAAACACCAGCUGGGGGAGCUGCCCCCCCACAUCUUCGCCCUCGCCAACGAGUGCUACCGCUGCCUGUGGAAGAGACAGGACAGCCAGUGUGUGCUGAUUAGUGGAGAGAGUGGUGCAGGGAAGACUGAGAGUACAAAGCUGCUGCUGAAGUUUCUGUCUGUUAUGAGUCAAAGUUCUACUGGAGCUGCUCUGUCAGAGAAGACCACCAGAGUAGAGCAGGCCAUCGUACAGAGCAGCCCCAUCAUGGAGGCGUUUGGAAAUGCCAAAACCGUUUACAACAACAACUCCAGCCGCUUCGGCAAGUUCAUCCAGCUGCACUUCUCCCAGAGCGGGAACAUUCAGGGGGGCUGCAUCAUCGACUACCUGCUGGAGAAGAACCGGGUGGUCCGGCAGAACCCAGGGGAACGAAAUUAUCACAUCUUCUACUCACUACUAUCUGGGGCUGACCAUGAGCAAAGAGAGCUGUACCUGCUGCUGGACUCUCCGGAGGCGUAUCACUAUCUGAGUCAGUCAGGCUGUGUUCAGGACAGCAGUCUGGAUGAUAAGCAGCUCUUCCUCAGUGUGAUGGAGGCUCUGAAGGUGAUGGAGUUUACGGAGGAGGAGGUGCGGGAUGUGUUUAAGCUGCUGUCGGGAGUUUUACACAUCGGCAACAUCGAGUUCAUGACAGCAGGAGGCGCUCAGAUCACCACUAAAGGAGUGGUCAGCAGUGUGAGUGAUCUGCUGGGGCUGGACGGGUUCCAGCUGUCUGAAGUUCUGACUCAACGCUCCAUCAUCCUGCGGGGGGAGGAAAUCUGCUCACCACUCACUGUGGAACAGGCUCUGGACUCUCGGGACUCUGUGGCCAUGGCUCUGUACUCUCAGUGCUUCUCCUGGAUCAUCGCUCGGAUUAAUCAGAAGAUCAAAGGAAAAGACAACUUUAAAUCCAUCGGAAUCCUGGACAUCUUCGGCUUCGAGAACUUUCAGGUGAACCGCUUUGAGCAGUUCAACAUUAACUACGCCAACGAGAAGCUUCAGGAAUAUUUCAACAAACACAUCUUUUCCCUGGAACAGCUGGAAUAUAACAGGGAGGGAAUCCACUGGGAAGCCAUAGACUGGAUGGACAACGCUGAGUGUCUGGACCUUAUUGAGAAGAAAUUGGGAAUUCUGGCAUUGAUUAAUGAAGAGAGUCGAUUCCCCAAAGGAACAGAUCACACACUGCUGGAGAAACUACACAGCCGACACACGGCAAACCCAUACUAUGUUAAACCCAGAGUGACGGACCACCAGUUUGGCAUCAAACAUUACGCUGGAGAGGUGCUGUAUGAUGUGCGUGGUGUUCUGGAGAAGAACAGAGACACUUUCAGAGAUGAUAUCUUAAACAUGCUGAAGGACAGCAGGCUGGACUUCAUCUACGACCUGUUUGAGAGGGUGGGCAGCAGGAAUGGAGAGGACACGCUGAAGAUGGGAACCGCCCGCAGAAAACCCACCGUCAGCUCACAGUUCAGGGAUUCCCUCCACGCCCUCAUGGCGACUCUAAGUGCCUCCAAUCCUUUCUUCGUCCGCUGCCUCAAACCCAACAUGGAUAAGAAUGCAGAUAAGUUUGAUCCGGACAUUGUGCUGAAUCAGCUGCGGUAUUCUGGCAUGCUGGAAACGGUGAAGAUCCGCCGGGCAGGAUUCCCUGUCCGCAGAAACUUCUCCGAUUUCCUCAACAGGUACCGUGUGCUUCUAAAAGAAAAAAGACAGACAAACGUGGAGGAGAGGAGGAAGUGCGGCGACCUCCUCACUCUGUAUGAUAACACCAGGAAAGAGUGGCAACUGGGCAAGACAAAGGUCUUCCUGAAGGAAGUGUUGGAGCAGAGGCUGGAGAGAGAGCGGGACGCGGUGCGGAGAGCAGCGGGCAUGCUCAUCAGAGCCCACAUACUGAGCUAUGUGGCAAGGAAGCACUACAGGAAAAUCCGUGCCAGCACAAUCACCAUUCAGAAGAACUACCGCGCUCACUUCUGGAGGAAGGUGUUCCUGCGGGUUCGCACCGCCGCCGUGGUCCUGCAGAAACACCGCCGGGGACAGGUCGCCCGCAGCCACUGCCAGCAGCUCCGCGAGCAGAGGAAGAGGGAGGAAGAGGAGAGGAGGAGACGGGAGGAGGAGGAGAGGAGGAUAAGGGAGGAGGAGGAGAGGAGACGAGCAGAGGAGGAGCUGAGGCUUCUGGAGGAGAAAAGGAAAAGAGAAGAAGAGGAGAGACAGCGGCGUCUGGAAGAGGAAGAGCAGAGGAGGAAAGAGGAGCAGGAACAGGAAGCUCUCCGGAAACAGCAGGAAGAGGAGGAGCUCAGGAGGAAGCAGGAGACCGAGGAGAGAGCUGCAGCUCACAGCAGGAAUCAUCUGGAAACAAAUCACCAUUGUGCCAAGAGGGAGGUGCGGGUGUCCCGCGGCGGCUGGCAGUACUCCUCUGAGGAGGAGAGUCGGCAGAUGGAGGAGAUCCUGCGGCUGGAGCGAGAGAUCGAGCGUCUGCAGCAGCAGAGGGAGGACGGCGUGGCGCUGCUGAACGAGAGUUCGCGGGAGGAGCUCCGUCAGCGCCGGGACGCCGAGAUCUACCGUCUGGAGAAGGAAGCUUCUCGCGUCGCAACGGAGUUCCUGGAGAUGCUGGACUUUGGGGGGCUGGAGCAGUCACUGUCCAGCGAGGAAAACCUUCACGAUCCGGGCGAGAGCACGGCUCCGCUGGCUGAGGACGAGGUGGAUGAGGGUUUUCACGCUGAGGACGAAUGCGUGCCUCUUCCAGAGCUGCCUACUCCAGCUGCUGCCCCUCUGGACCCGACCGUCUUGUCCAACCUUCCUCCUCCACCAGCCGCAUUCUCUCAGGGCUCUAUGGACGCUUCCACCUCAAAACCCAUCUCAAACAGACACAGCAGACUUUUAGAACUCCCUACCCCACUGACCCCUUCUCCACUGACCCCUGCUGCACCACCCCCAACCCCAGCUCCAGCUCCCCCACCCCCACCACCACCACCCCCAUGUUUAACAGCUCCAGCUGCUCCAUCUGCUGGAGGUUACAGUGAACUACAAAAGGUCUUCAGACAGUCGGAUGAGGAUUUACCUGAACAGGAGUUCAACUUCAGCAUCCUGCCGGACACAGAGUCCGACUACGACCAGGAGGAGUUUGAGGAGGCUCCAGGGAGCAAUACAGACGGCAACCUCACUGACGAGGAGGUGCUGAGGAGGUCCUCCUGCACCUUCAACAGCAUGGACUCCUUCAGAGGCAGCUCUGACUCUUUUAUUGACAGUGAUGAUGAGAAUGAUGGAUUUGCGGAUACAGAUGAGGAGGUGUCGAACGGCCGGGUCAGUCUGCUGAACGGCAGCGGUCCUCCGUACUUCCACAGCUACCUCUAUAUGAAGAGUGGUCUGAUGAUCCCGUGGCGGCGGCGCUGGUGCGUGCUGAAGGACGAGACGUUUAUGUGGUUCCGGGCGAAGCAGGACUCGGUGCGGUGCGGCUGGCUGUAUAAGAAGGGUGGAGGGAUGUCCACGCUGAGCCGACGCAACUGGAAGAUGCGCUGGUUCGUCCUGAGAGAGGCGAAGCUGAUGUACUACGAAAACGACAGCGAGGAGAAGCUGAAGGGGACCAUCGACAUUCGCACGGCCAAGGAGAUUGUUGAUAACCACGAGAAGGAGAACGCUCUCAACAUUGUUACAGAGGACCGAACCUACCACAUCUACGCAGAAACCCCAGAGGAAGCCAGUGGCUGGUUCAGUGUGUUGAGUCGGGUCCACAGCGCCAGCCCUGAGCAGCUGAUGGAAAUGCAGCAUGAACAAGCCAACCCUAAAAACGCUGUGGGAACUCUGGAUGUUGGGCUAAUUGACUCAGUGUGCGCCUCCGACAACCCUGACAGACCCAACUCCUUCGUCAUCAUCACAGCCAAUCGCGUGAUCCACUGCAACACGGACCUGCCAGAGGAGAUGCACCACUGGAUCGGCCUCCUGCAGAAACCCCGCGGAGAGUCCCGCAGCGACGGGCAGGACUUCAUAGUGAGAGGCUGGCUGCAUAAGGAGAUGAAGUCCAGCAGUAAGAGCACGUCUCUGAAGCUGAAGAAACGCUGGUUUGUUCUGACCAAUAACUCUUUGGAUUAUUACAAGUCGUCGGAGCGCAGUGCUUCUAAACUGGGAACACUGGUGCUGAACAGCCUGUGCUCAGUGGUCCAGCCUGACGAGCGAGUCUUCAAGGAGACAGGUUACUGGAACAUUAUCGUACACGGGCGGAAGCACUCGUACCGUCUCUACACCAAGCUGCUGAACGAGGCUAUGAGAUGGGCCUCUGCCAUCCAGAACGCCAUCGACAGCAAGGUCCCAAUAGAAACACCCACCCAGCAGCUCAUCAGAGACAUCAAGGAGAACAGCAUGAACGUGGAGGCGGUGGAGCAGACGUACUGGAGGAACCCCAUCCUGAGAUACACUCAGCAUCCUCUGCACUCGCCCCUGCUGCCCCUGCCCUACGGCGAGGUCAACACCAGCCUCCAAAAGGAGAAGGGUUACUCCAGCCUGCAGGACGAGGCAGUGAAGAUGUUUAAUUCUCUGCAGGAGAUGGAGGCGGUCUUGGACCCUGUGCCCAUCAUCCAGGGCAUCCUGCAGACCUGCCAGGACCUGCGGCCGCUCAGAGACGAGGUCUACUGUCAGCUGAUCAAACAGACCAAUCACAUGCCUCAGCCGAACAGCACCGCUAACCGCGCCCACUGGCACCUGCUCACCUGCAUGAGCUGCACCUUCCUGCCCAGCCGCGCCAUCCUGCGCUACCUGAGGUUCCACCUGAAGAGGAUCAGGGAGCUGUUUCCAGGCUCAGAGAUCGAGCAGUUCGCUGCGUUUAUCGGCGAAUCGCUGAAGAAGACGAAGACGCGUGAGUUCGUUCCGUCUCAGGAGGAAAUCGUAGCUCUGAGAAACAGACAGGAAAUGACCACCACUGUUUACUGCCAUGGGGGCGGAUCCUGCAAGAUCUCCAUCAACUCUCACACCACUGCCGGAGAGGUGGUAGAGAAGCUGAUCCGGGGCUUGGCGAUGGAGGACAGUAGGAAUAUGUUUGCUCUGUUUGAGCACCGCUGUUCUCUGGACCGCGCCGUGGAGAGUCGCGUGAUCGUAGCCGACGUUUUAGCUAAAUUUGAGCGGUUGGCAGUCACAGAGGCAGAAGAGGAAGGCCAGUGGAAGUUGUAUUUUAAGCUCUACUGUUUCCUGGAUGUGGAGAGCAUGCCCAAAGAGGGGGUGGAGUUUGUGUUCAUGUUUGAACAGGCUCAUGAGAGUUUGAUCAGCGGUCACUUCCCGGCGCACGAGGACACCCUGCAGCACCUGGCUGCCCUGCGGCUGCAGUACCUGCACGGCGACGCGGCGCGGGUCAGCUGGUGCCUGGAGCAGGUGUACCCCACCGGCCGCCUGCGGCGCCGCAUCCUCACCUUCACCCGCGCCGGCGGCUCCACCGGCACCGCGGGGCCUCCGCUGGACAAGCGCAGGAGCAGCUUCCUGGAGGGCACGCUGCGGCGCGGGCUGAAGGGCGGCUCGGUCCGGAAGCAGCGCAGCCUGCAGGAGGAGCAGAUGAUGGACAUGUGGGUGAAGGAGGAGAUGGCCGGGACCAGAGCCAGCAUCGCCGAGAAGUGGGGUCGCCUGCAGGGCCUGAACCAGCACCAGGCCAUGCUCAAAUACAUGAGCAUCAUCAAAGAGUGGCCCGGGUACGGAUCCACCCUGUUCGACGUGGAGUCUAAAGAAGGCGGGUUCCCGCGGGAGCUGUGGUUGGGGGUGAGUGCGGAGAACGUGUCGGUGUAUAAGAGAGGAGAAGCGAAACCUCUGGAGACGUUUCCGUACGAGCACAUCGUCUUCUUCGGAGCUCCGCUGAACAGCACCUAUAAGAUCACUGUAGACGGGCGGGACAUGCUGUUCGACACGCCUCAGGUUGGAGAGAUCACUAAGAUCAUGAAGGCCUACAUUAACAUGAUCGUGAAGAAGCGCUGCAGCGUCCGCUCCGCCUCCAGCUACGGGAGGGGAUGGAUCAGAUGAUGAGGUGCUGGACGAUGGUGAGCAGGAGCUCCUCCUGGUGGUCUGGAGCAGAGCAGAACUGCACUGAUGAACACGAGUGGCCUACUGACAGCUUCUCCACCACCAUCUACCAUCCACCCUACAUCUACCCGAACAUCUCAGCUACCAAACACUUACUAAACACUACUGCCGCACUGCCCACACUGCAGACAGGCUACAGACGGUGUGGUGUUCGCCUGUGAGAGACUGUGGGUUACUGCACUGACUGUGUUCCUCACUCUGAGAGGAAGUGAAGAGCAGUGUCUCUACUGAAGCUGGAACUUGCCGUGUACCUUAACUCAAACAAGGGCUGAGUGACUUCAUGACUUUAGGAUGUUUCGUUUAGCUGACAUUCCUCGCUUAAACUCGUAUCGCUGUGUCCUGAUGGAACUAAUCUCGACACAGGAGGGCAGAUGUUUUGGGUUAGAAGCGAAUUUAUAACACUGAUGCCUUUAAGGCUGCGUUCACACAGCAGGUAAAAGUGGCCCAAAUCUUUUCUCUUAAAAUCUGAUAUUAAUUUCAGGCUGUUACACUAUUUAUUAAAUGUGAUAUCUGACAUUGGAUGCUCAUGAGCUAUAGGUUUCAUCUUCUCCAACAUCACAUGAGCUAUCAUCCCAGCUAACAGAGAACAUUAUAAGAACGUUUAGCAAUGUUUUGAAAAGGUUCCAACAUGGUUAACCUAUAACGUUACAGAAAUAAUGUUCCGGGAAUGUUCUGAAAGCAUGUAACACAUUAAUGGUUUUCAACACAAUUAUAAAAAUGUUUUAGCAUAAUUUUGAAAAGAUUCCAGAAAUGUUAGCCUGUAGUGUUACAAAAAUAAUGUUGCAGGAACGUUCUAAAAAUGUGUGUUCUAAUAUUGGUUUGCAGAACAAAAUUAUUAGAACAUUUCUCCCAUAACUAGACAAAUACUAACACUAUUUUUUGAACACACUCCUUAUCCGACAUUGGAUGCUCAUGCGUUGUAGUGCAGCGCUUCACAUAAAGUUUCGCCUUCAUCUUCUCCAACAUCACAGGAGCUAUCAUCCCAGCAAACAGAGAAUGUUGUAAGAACGUUCAGCAAUAUUUUAAAAAGGUUCAGGAAGGACGGCCUUGUAACUUUACUGAAAUAAUGUUAAGAAUCGCUCUAAAAAUGUGUGUUUUAAUAAUGGAUUGCAUUAUUAGAACACGCCUCCCAUAACGUUCCCAGCUAACAGAAAAUGGUAUAAGAAUGUUUAGUAUUUAUGCUUAAAAAAAGGUUCCAGGAAGGUUAGCUGCUAACAUUACAGAAAUAAAGGUCAUCAGCUAGACAAAUACAUUCCCAAAACUAAAAAUUUAAAUAUAGUCACAAAAACAUUUUAAACACUGACAGACAUAUUCUAAGAAAUGAUAAGAACGUUAUUUGCAAAAUUCAGAAAACUUCCUACUAACCAAAAAUUGUUAGCUGGGGUUAUGAAAACAUUAAAAGCACCAUUUCCAAAAAACUAAUCGUUAAUAAAUUACGUUGCAGCGAUGUUACCAGAGCAUCGUUUUAAAUUAAAAAUAUUAUAAGAACAUCCAAAACCUUUGAUAGACUGAACACACUGAGAAUGUUAAACAUAACGUUCAGAAAAUGUUCUAUCUGGGACUAUGAAAACAUUGUAGGCAACACGGCCAAAACUAAGAAUUAUUUAAAUUAAUGAGGUUGCAGCAACGUUACAUUCUAAAAACAUUCUAAGAAUGUUAAUUAUAACAUCCAAAAAAAAGUUUCUGACUCGCUUGACUAAAAAUGUGUAAAACUGCCCAGUAAAAAUGGGCCCAUUACUCAGCCAGACCUUGGUUGCUGUUGUUGUUAUUAUUAUUAUUUUUAUUAUUAUUUUCUUGAUUUUUUUUUCUUCUUUUUGGCAUCAAGAGUCACGAGUAUAUGCGUAAAUAUACUAAAGUGGUCCAAAUCAGAAUUAGAAUCAGAAAUUGUUCAAUGCAGUGUGUUUGUUUCAUUCACACUGACACACAAACACUUUUAUCUGUAUCACAUAAAACAGAAAUACUGUAUUUGGGACACAUUUAGCUGCUGUGUGAACGGAGCCAAAGUCUUGCUGUUGUCCAACUUUCACUCGUCCUUCUGCUGAGCUCAGUAUAAACUGCAGGGCCUGGACCGACUAACGGGGCGAAUAACACUAACACGGUCUGCUCUGUGAAAUCCAGUGUUAUUGUUAAUUAUCUUCAGAUCAAAUGAAUUAAUGUUGUAUUAUAAACAGAAAGUAAUGUAACCUGAUUUCUAAUAUAAUUCUCUUUUUGUUUUUGUUGUUUUUUAACGAGCACAUGUAGCCUGGUAGCAGUGUUACUGAAGGCCUGAGUCUGUGAGUGUGUGUGAUGGAUGCUGAUGGAGGGGUUGGGAUGGGUAUUUAUUAGUGUUGCUGUACGUUUGGGUGGUUUAGUGAAGGUGGAUGAUGAACGCUGGAGCUACACGCGACUGCAGAGCUGAUUCAGAGCGAGUGUGAGUGAGAUUUCUAAUAUAAGUGAAUGAGUGAAUGUUGGAGACUCACUGCAGUUUCAGGGACGACGGAUGGACGGACGGACGGACGGACGGACAGACAGACGUAACCGUCGCACCGAUGAGAUCAGAUCUCCGGAUCUGAUGAGUCUGGUUGGCUGCGGGCAGCUGGGCCAGGGUGCACUCACUUAGCUAAAAAAAAAAGAAGAAGAAAAAAUUGGAAGAGAAAAAAAAAAAGAUCAGUGAUUUUUUUUUGUAACUGGAUUUACAAGAUACAAAUUUAAUAAAUUAUUGCAUUUCA